GUGAGUCGGUAGAGGGCAGUGCGGCGGGUGUGGUGGACAGUACGCUGGAGAGGCAGGAGCCGGCAGGUGGCCUGUGAGAGGGCGCGGGUGGCGGUAUCUGCCGCACUUGGGGGACUGGGCUCUCGGCGGGUGCGGUGCAACUGGUGUCAGCCAUCGUCACUGGGCCCACGCGUGCGGGACUCGCCCGCGAGGCGCCGACAACAGAGUACGCCGCCCCGUCAGCCGCCGAUGCCGGCGCCCCGCCGUUCAGCGUCGCCCCGCUAGCGGCGCCGCCAUGGAGAGCCUGUGCGGCCGUCCGGGGCCGCUGGCCUGGGACGACGUGUGUCACCUGGACCUGGCGGCGGCGGCCGUCGCGCUGGCCCACGUCACAGCCUGCGUCGUCGGCGCGCUGCUCUGGCGGUGCCGCCCGGCCGCCGCGCCCGUCCGCUUCCGCCGCCACGGCGCGCGCUGGGCGCUGGCGCUGCUGUGCGCGCUGCUGGCGCUGGCGCAGCUCAUGGACGCCAGUCUGGGCGAGUGGUACGCGUCCGUGGUGCACGUGCACGUGCUGGCGGCGCCGGCAGCCGCGCUGCUGGCGGCGGGCAGCGUCAUCUGGCUGGCGACCGUCAGCGAGCGGGACGCUGCGCCGGUGCGACUCCUGCUCAACGUGGCGUACCUGGCCAUGGCCGUCACACUGGGCGUGCUGAAGGUCCGCUUCUACAGCGGCGUGGCCGGGCUGGGCGCCGACCACAUGCGGCUGGACCUGGCCUGGGCGCUGCUCGUCGCCUACGGACUCAUGCUGGGCGUGGAGGUGCAUUUUGCCAUCUCGGAGCGCUAUGUAUGCGGUACAUCACGGCUAUACUCUCUCACACCCGAAAAAGAAAACGUGGACAACGUUGUCUACAAGCACCCACACGCAAGCGCCCUUCAAAAAGUCACGUUCUCGUGGAUUUUCAACCUCCUGCUAGUUGGUUUUCAAACUCCGAUCGAGUUUACAGAUCUCGGCAGCCUGCCCUCUGGUGAGGACACCUUGCCACACUACGAAAAGCUGAGCAAAUCCUUGAAACGAGAAAAGGCACAAGCAGCGGGCGCCGGCCGCGAGGUGCGGCUCUGGCGUGUGAUGUGGCGCACACACCGGCGCCGCCUGCUGCUGGGCGGCCUGCUCAAGCUGUGUGGCGACCUCUCCGGCUUCGUGGCGCCGCUCGCGCUCAAGAACAUUAUCGAAUUCGUGAUGCUACACCAGUCGGGCGAGCUGCAGGUGCACCACCUCGAGAGCGCCGGCCAAGAAUCAGCGCUGGAAUGCGGGCCAACUUUAGGAUCACGUAGCACUCAGGAUGGCCAGCGUAAUACCCCUGCAGCGCUUACGUGCGCGCGGUCCCAUGCAUGCCCAACGCUCGCCCGAAACGGGCUCCCAGCCUCACCGUUCACACGCAUCUCUGUCUGUCCCCAGUACCUGUACCCGACCGUGGCCGACUUCCUGUCGAACGGCUACGUCAUGUCGGUGCUGGCGCUGGUGGCGGCGCUGGCGCAGGGCACGUUCUCGCAGUCCUGCACCCACGUCAUGGUCACCGAGGGCGAGCGGCUGCGCGCCGAGGUCCAGGCUCUGGUGUACGAGAAGUCGCUGAAGAUCCCGACUGCAGGCACUGACCACGCGACGACAGACAAGUCGGACACCCUGCAGCGGCCCGCAGGAGGCGAGGGUAUCGGCGAGACCGGGCAUAAUGACCACGUCGACUCCGGCAACAUCAUCAGCCUGCUGUCGGAGGACGCGGCCAACCUCUCAGAGCUCAUCUGCCAGUCUCAGUACAUCUGGGCCAUCCCGCUGAAGAUCAUCAUUCUGCUGGUGCUGAUACACGGCCAGCUGGGCAUCAGUGCCGUCAUCGGCUGCUUCGUGUCCAUCUUCCUGCUGACACCGCUGCAGUUCGUUAUCGUGAAGAAUCUGCAGGCCAACAAACACGUGCUGCAGGCGAAGAGCGACGAGAGACUGAGCCGCUCCAUCGAGUUCGUCAACGGCAUCCGCCAGCUGAAGCUCAACGCUCUCGAGUUCGCCUACGAGAAGAAGAUACAACUCGUCAGGAAAAACGAGCUGAAGCUGCUCAUGAAGGACUCGUUGUUUUGGGCCCUGAACAUGUUCCUGACGCAGGCCUCGCUGACGGUGAUCACCAUGACUACAUUCGGUCUGUACAGCCUGCUGGAGAGACAGCCACUCGUCUCCUCCCACGUCUUCAGCGGCGUGGCCCUCUUCAACCAGCUGACUGUGCCGCUGUUCGUGCUGCCCAAGAUCGUAAAGGCGAUCAUCGGUGCCUGGGUGAGCAUCGGCCGGCUGGGCGACUUCCUCGGCCUGGCGGAGGUGGAGUCGCUGCGUCGGCAGUCCCCCGUCUCAGGGGACGCCGGAGCCAGCCGCGCAACCCUGCAGGGGCCCACCCCAUCGCUGUCGACGACGACGACGGGCAGCCGCUCGCCGGAGACGACAGAGCGGCCGGACUCGCUCGACCUCUCGCCCCCGGAGGGCCCGGCCUGCCUCUGGGGCAGCCAAGACUCCGUAUUCGGCCUGCAGAGCAUCCCGGAGGCCGACGAGGAAGUGGACGCGGCGGCCGUCGCCGGUGCUGUGGCCGCUGCGGUUUCGAACCGACUGGCGGCCGACGGCCAGCCCAGAGCGAGCCGCAUGGCCGCCGGCGACGCGGCCGCGCAGACUGACGACGUCCCGAACGGUGGGCCGCCGCAGGGGAACGGAACAGAGGACGACGCCACAGACGUGCCGCCGCCGACCUUCUUCGCCUCCGCCUCCGCCUCCGACCCCGCCACGGACAGGCAGGAACCGGGACGUAACAGACCAGUUCGCGUGCUCCAGCCACUGAACCUGCAGGCGGUGCGCUUCGCCGUGGACCCCGUGGAGCCAGAUAUGGAUCCGGAUGGGGAGCCGGCGGCGGCGCGGGAGGCGCCGGUGGUGCGCGUGGAGCAGGCGUGCUUCAGCUGGCGGCCGGACGGUGAGGCCGACACGCUGGCUGACAUCAGCCUGGUGGUGCCGCGCGGCCGGCUCACCAUGAUCGUCGGACCGGUGGGCAGCGGCAAGUCGUCGCUGGUGGCCGCACUUCUCGGCGAGCUGCGCCGAAAGAGCGGCUCGGUCACCUGGGCCAGCUCGGCUCCACUCGCCUACGCCUCGCAGUCACCGUGGCUCUUCAACGACUCGCUGCGCAAUAACGUGCUGUUCGGGCGAGGGAUGAAUCCGCGCCGCUACCGGCGCGUGCUGGCCGCCUGCGCGCUCGAUGAGGACAUCAUACUGCUGGGGCCGGCCGGCGACAGCACAGUGAUCGGCGAGCAGGGCGUCGUGCUGUCCGGUGGGCAGCGGCAGCGCGUGGCCGUGGCGCGCGCGCUGUACUCGAACGUCAACUGCGUCAUUCUGGACGAUCCGCUGUCCGCGCUGGACGUUCAUGUCGGGCUGCACGUCUUCGAGAACGGCAUCAGGAAGCUGUUGGUGCAGCAGGGCAGGACUGUCAUCUUGGUCACACACAAGCUCCAGUAUCUGAAGCACGCAGACCAGGUGGUGGCGCUGGAGCGGGGCCGGGUGCGGCAGCAGGGCACCUUGGCCCAGAUCGCCGAGGCCGACCCGGAGCUGUACCGGCGCUGGCAGCAGCUCAUCCAGCUGAACCAGCAGCAGGAGAACCAGGAGGCGGCCGCCGAGACGCGGACGGCCCGCGAGCGCUGGCGCUUGCUGCAGAAGAUCCAGAAGGCCAGCCGGCUCAUGACGGCGGCGCCGGCCGUCAGCCGCGACAAGUUCUCGUCGUUCCGUCGCGCAGCGCUGGGGCGGCGCUCGUCGCUGCGCCACCACAUGUCGCACGGGCUGCCAGUGCCGCUGGACGUGGGCAGCGACGAUUACGGCGCGGUGCCUCGUGUGCGCCGCCGCCUGUACCGCCGCUCCAGUUCGCUGGGGCCGCAGGCGCCGGGCGCCCCCAGCCAGCCCAGCACGCCCGACACGCCGGCAGAGGACGCCGAGCGCCGGUACGAGUCCCUGCGGCUGCAGCGGAUGGUGUCGUCGCCGCCUAACAUGCCGUCGCCGCUGGUGCCGGCGCGGGGCUCCGUCUCGGACUCGGGUCGCCAGCUGCUCAACCUCCUGCUGCGGAGGAGCACAACCAGCUCUCGUACGUCGCCUGUCGACCCCGAGCGUGACGUACCACCCGAGCAGAUGGCGCCACUAGUGCCGGCCGACCCGCCGCCGCCGCCGCGGCCCCAGCUGACACGCGCGCUCUCCAUCGCCUCCAACUACAGCGAGAUGUACCGCGACGAGGAAGAAGAGUCUGACCUGGACUCAAGACGCUUUCUAGACGAAGACAGGGAAAAGGGCAAGAUUUCAAAGCUGGUGUACAUCACGUACAUGAGGGCGUGCGGAUUGGGUUUUGGCAUUUUGUACCUCACCAUGGUUCUGCUUACUCAGGGCGCACACGUGGGCACGGACGUGUGGCUGAGCAGGUGGAGCGAAGCGGCCAGCCGGUGGAACCGCAGCCACAAGGACCAGUGGCAGCAGCUGGCUGGCGGCAACGCCACUCCCGCGAGCGCCGUGGAGUCGGAGGACGUGUCGGACGCGUAUGAGGCGUUCAUGGCGUCCGAGACGCGCUCCUACCUGCUGGUGUACGGCGUGCUGUCGGCCGUCGCCGUGCUGCUCGCGCUGGCUGCCAACCUGAGCGGCCAGUGGGCGGGUGCGCGCGGGCGCCGCAGCCUGCAGCGCCGCCUGCUGGCCGCCGUCACGCGCGCCCGCAAGGAGUUCUUCGACCGCACGCCGGCCGGCCGCAUCAUCGACAGGUUCGCCCAGGACGUCAGCUUCAUCGACAAGAAAUUGGCAACUGAGAUACACAUGCUGCUUUUCUUCGUCCUUCAGUGCUUGACAGCAGUAAUAGUGAACGUCGUCGUGACCUGGUGGUUCAUCUUCAUCGCACUGUUCAUCACCGUCAUCUACUACUUCCUGCAGAGAUUCUACAGAACAUUCGCCAUUGAGCUGCAGCGGCUGGACACCAUCGCGCGCGCGCCCGUGCUCUCUCACCUGGCCGAGACGCAGGCCGGCCUGAGUGUGGUGCGCGCGUACGGCCACCAGAAGCGCUUCUUUCGGACGCUGCUGCAGUGCGUCGACCUUCACCUGCUCACCUCGCUGGUGUACGAGUCGGGCCAGCGCUGGCUCGGCAUCGCGCUGGACUACCUGGGGGCUGUGAUCGUGUUCGUGUCGAAGCGUGUCGGCCGUGACAGUGGCCGUCACCAGCCGGGAGCGCGUGCCGUCGGCUCUCAUCGGCCUGGCCAUCAACUACACCUGCUCAUCCCCACCUAUCUGGUGUGGGGGUGUGGCGCCUGUAUUGGCCGCGCUCUCAAGGCAAGAUCGAGUUCACCGCGCGCGCUCGGCUACUCAGGCGAGGACACGGCCAUCGUCAGGGUGCUCAAGGAUGUCAGCGUCACCAUCCUGCCCGGCCAGAAGGUGGCUCUGGUGGGCCGGUCGGGCAGCGGCAAGUCGACUCUGGCCAUGGCCCUUUUUCAAAUGUCGGAUCUGCUGGAGGGCGUGAUCCGGAUCGACGGCAUGGACCUAAAAAGCGUGCCUCUGCACUCGAUCCGCUCGCAGGUGGCGCUGAUACCUCAGGAGCCGCUCCUUGUAUGCUGA